GGGGCGACGCCGCUUCCGCCCGGUGCCAAGAUGGCGGCGCCCUUUGUCUGGGCCGUGUCACGGGCGGUGAUCUGAGGCCGCCGGCGGGCCGGCAUGGCAGGUUUCUUUUUGCUGCUCCUCUCCAAGGGGUAAUUGCAAUCAAGGGAGACCCAAGGCUGCAGAGCAAGGCAGAAGACCGUUGUGAGCUCCUUGCUACGACCCACUGCAGACAGGAGGAGGCUCCCUCGUCGCACUGCACGCCCAUCCUGUGCUUAGCAGCUGAAGGAACACAUUUGUGGCUUGCAGCAGCUGCCCUAGUUGAACUGGCCUGCCCAGCCCUGACCGACCAUGGAUUUCCCUCAGCACAGCAGGCAGGUUUUGGAGCAGCUGAACCAGCUGCGGCAGCUGGGCUUGCUGUGCGACUGCACCUUCGUGGUGGAUGGCAUCAACUUCAAGGCCCACAAAGCCGUGCUGGCAGCAUGCAGUGAGUAUUUCAGGAUGCUCUUUGUGGACCAGAAGGAGGAUGUGGUGCACCUCGACAUCAGCAACGUGGCAGGGUUGGGACAGGUUUUGGAGUUCAUGUACACGGCCAAGCUGAGCCUGAACCCCGACAAUGUGGAAGAUGUGCUGGCUGUGGCAGGGUUCCUCCAGAUGCGGGAGAUUGUCAAUGCUUGCAAUGCACUCAAAUCCCUCACAGUGCUGGCAGAAAGCCCUGUAGAGAGCCGGGAGCUCCUCACUGAGCUUGGGGUUGAGAAGGUGAUUGUUGAGGGCAAAACAGCGGCAGCAGUAACACAAGGUGAUUCUGACAAGCCAAAACAAGUCCCUCCCAACCAAGAGGGGAAGGAAGAGGCGCCUGUGGCUGCAGCAGCACAGUCCAAGGAGCCAGUAGAGCAACCGGAUGCCAAAGAGGGUCCUGCAGAAGGUCAGCAGCCAGGAGGUGUGGACAGUGCUGCCGAAGCUGGCCCUGCUGCCACAUCCCCCAGCCGCCUGCAGCCAGCAGAGAGCGAGGUGGGCAACAGCAGCCCCAGAGAGAAGGGCAGUGAUGCACCAAGCACUGAGGCAAGAGAGAUGGAGCUGGAAGGGAAGGAGAAAGAGAGGGAGGCGAUGGCGGAGGAUGAAGAGGAGGCUAAAAUUCCCAAGGCAGCACAACCCAAAUUAGAAAGCAGAGAAAAUGCUGAGGAUAACGAAUCAGGGAGCACUGACUCUGGACAGGAGAACUCAGGCGAAACGCGGCUGCUGCGUUCGGGUACUUACAGCGACAGGACCGAGUCGAAAGCCUACGGCUCCGUCACACACAAGUGUGAGGACUGCGGAAAGGAGUUCACCCACACUGGGAACUUCAAGCGGCACAUCCGCAUCCACACCGGCGAGAAGCCCUUCUCCUGCAGGGAGUGCAAUAAAGCCUUCUCAGACCCAGCUGCGUGCAAAGCCCACGAGAAGACGCACAGCCCACUGAAGCCCUACGGCUGUGAGGAAUGUGGGAAGAGCUACCGCCUCAUCAGCCUGCUGAACCUGCACAAGAAGCGGCACACAGGGGAGGCCAAGUACCGCUGUGACGACUGCGGAAAGCUCUUCACCACCUCGGGCAACCUCAAGCGGCACCAACUGGUGCACAGCGGGGAAAAGCCCUACCAGUGUGACUACUGCGGGCGCUCCUUCUCUGACCCCACCUCCAAAAUGCGGCACCUGGAGACCCACGACACCGACAAGGAGCACAAGUGUCCCCACUGUGACAAGAAAUUCAACCAAGUGGGGAACUUGAAAGCUCACCUGAAGAUUCACAUUGCGGAUGGGCCCCUGAAGUGUCGGGAGUGCGGCAAGCAGUUCACCACCUCAGGCAACCUGAAGCGGCACCUCCGGAUCCACAGCGGGGAGAAGCCCUACGUCUGUGUGCACUGCCAGCGACAGUUUGCUGACCCUGGGGCACUGCAGCGGCACGUCCGCAUCCACACGGGAGAGAAGCCGUGCCAGUGCCUCAUCUGCGGGAAGGCGUUCACCCAAGCCAGCUCCCUCAUUGCCCACGUGCGCCAGCACACAGGGGAGAAGCCCUAUGUCUGUGAGCGCUGUGGCAAGAGGUUCGUGCAGUCAAGCCAGCUGGCCAACCACAUCCGGCACCACGACAACAUCCGACCUCACAAGUGCACUGUCUGCAACAAAGCCUUUGUCAAUGUGGGUGACCUCUCCAAACACAUCAUCAUCCACACUGGGGAGAAGCCAUUCCUCUGUGACAAAUGCGGCCGUGGCUUCAACCGGGUGGACAACCUGCGCUCCCACGUCAAGACGGUGCACCAGGGCAAGGCAGGCAUGAAGAUCCUGGAGCCAGAAGAUGGCAGUGAGCUCAACAUUGUCACAGUGGCCUCGGAUGACAUGAUGACACUGGCCACUGAAGCACUGGCUGCCACUGCUGUCACACAGCUCACAGUGGUCCCCGUGGCAGCUGCUGUGACGGCAGAUGAGACCGAAGCUCUUAAAGCGGAGAUCACCAAAGCAGUGAAACAAGUGCAGGAAGCAGGUGAGGAGGGGAGGGGGCAGGCAUCGCGCUCACCUGGCUCCCACCCUGCUGCUGCCACACCCCGGGCCUCCCCUCUGCCCUUGCAGACCCCAACACUCAGAUCCUUUACGCCUGCGAUUCCUGCGGGGAGAAAUUCCUGGAUGCCACCAGCCUGGCGCAGCACGUCCGCAUCCACACGGCCCAGGCGCUCGUCAUGUUCCAGGCCGACACGGACUUUUACCAGCAGUACGGGGCCGCUGCUGCCACCUGGCAGACCGAGCAGGUCAUCCCAGCCACCGAGCUGCUUUUCCGUGCCCGCGACAGCCCUCAAGAGGCCCCUGCUGCCCCCCUGGCUCCUGUGCCCCUCGCUGGGGAGGGUCAGACACCUGCUGAGUGACCCACCUGCACCCCCUCGCCUUUAUUUAAAGUCAGCUGCUUGGAAAUGGUGUAAAAAGUGUAUUUCUGGAAGGAGAGAAAGAGAAGGAAUAAAUUGCAAUAUUUUCUAAAGCAUGUUGUGGAGCCCACUGCCUUGGACAGGAGGUACUGAAAUACCUGCUAAGAGGUGCAGCUGGAUGUUCCCCCCUGCUCAGGCCUGGGGCUGUGCACAGGGGCCCUGAGGCCCCUUCCCAUCUCUUCCUGCUGCUCAGGGGUAGGGGACCAGUAGGGUAGGGCGUGGGGUAAUAGAGACAGAUGCAUUCCUGUCCCUGCAUCUCCCAUCCGUGGGGGAUGAUGAGGGUGGGGCUGAGGGGUUUACUCUGCCCAGAAGCAGGAUGGGGGCUGGCACUCCCCAUCCACACCCCUGCACCAGGGAUGAUGAUGCUGAGUGCCCAGGGAGCACCGUGCUGCACCCACCAGGCAGUGCAGCCACACACCUGCAGGCCGCUGGGAGGAAACAGCAAAACCACCCCACGUGGCUGCGGGUCUGAAGGAUUCAGCACAGCAGCUUCCAAACCAACCCAGGCACUACGGUGUUAGGCUGACGACAGCGAGCGUGGUGCAUCUGCUGGAGAAGCACUCGGGGCACGGAGGAUUUGUUCUCAUCAAAGCUGGAAAUGCCCAUUUCUAAGGCGAUGGUGACAGCAGCAUCCUGCAGCUGAGUGCUUUAACAACGCUCAAAGGAACACCAAGAAGAGCUGCACUGAGGAACACCCUGCCCGCCCCCCGGCGCAGCAGGGAGCACAGGCGGCGCGAGGUGUUUUGUAUUUUUUAAUAAAGUUUGUAAUCCAAUGGACACACAAAACAAAACUGCGCUGAGAAAAACAGUUCCAUAAAUUAAUAAGUGUUAGGGGAGGUGAAGGGAGAAGGGUAAAAAGUCUUUGUACAAGUGUAUAACACUUCCACAGCUCAUGAGACGAGGGAGGGGGGCAUGUUUAAAUGAAGCGCACUUACAAAUGAGUGACAAUACAAAGUCUGAGUAUGAAAAUAAGAUUUUCUCUGAAAACACAUUUUUGGCACAGAUUAAAAAAAAAUGUAUGUUGUGGGGAUUUGAUUU